AUGAGUAGGGAUGCAAGGGCACCAAGAAUCAAGAACCGUGCUCCGGCACCAGUUCAAAUCUCUGCUGAACAAAUUUUAAGAGAAGCAAAAGAACGUCAAGAUGUUGCACCUGUUGCACAAGUACGACAAAAAGUUGAAGAUUUAGAAGAAUUGGAUGAGUAUAGAUCCAGAAAACGAACAGAAUUCGAAACAAAGAUAAGAAGGGUUAGACAAAAUAUCAAAGAAUGGAUCGCAUAUGCGGUUUGGGAAGCAUCACAAGGUGAAUUGCCAAGAGCGAGAUCGGUGUUUGAAAGAGCAUUGGAUAUAGAUGCUCAUCAUUUAGGAUUAUGGACGAGAUACAUAGAGACUGAACUCAAAGCCAGAAAUGUACAGCAUGCCAGAAAUUUACUCGAUCGAGCUGUCUCUAUUCUUCCCCGUCAAGAUACACUCUGGUUCAAAUAUGUUCAUCUGGAAGAAUUACUGGGAAACAUCAAUGGUGCUAGACAGGUGUUCGAAAGAUGGAUGAGCUGGGAGCCGGAAGAGAAAGCAUGGGAUGCAUACAUCGGUCUCGAAGUACGAUACAAAGAAUUGGAAAAAGCCAGCGAGCUUUGGAAAAGGAAGAUCAAUGUCCAUUCGGAACCGAAGCAGUUCAUUCGAUGGGCAAAGUUUGAAGAAGAUCGAGGUGCGAUUGAUGAAGCAAGGAUGGUAUUUGCUCAAGCGAUGGAAUUCUUUGGCGAAGAGCAAGAAAGGAUGGAAUUUGCACAAACGAUCUACACUGCUUUUGCGAAAAUGGAAACUCGAUUGCGUGAAUUUGACCGGGCGAGAGUGAUCUACAAAUAUGCUUUAGACAGACUACCCAAGACAAGAUCAUCAGGUGUGUUUGCCAGCUACACCCGAUUCGAAAAACAACAUGGUACACGUGCCGGAAUCGAGGACACCGUUCUGGGAAAGCGGAGGAUACAGUAUGAAGAAGAAUUGAACAGUAACGCAGAUGCUAAGUUCAAUUAUGACACCUGGUUCGAUUAUACCCGCCUCGAAGAAGAUGCUUAUCGAACGUUGGCAUCCGUCAGUACCUCUAUAGAUGCGGAUGAUCUUGUAGCAGCCCGUAAACGUGUCCGGUCGGUGUAUGAAAUGGCAGUUGCUAAUGUGCCUCCUAGCCAAGAAAAGCGUCACUGGAGGAGAUAUGUAUUCUUAUGGUUGAAUUUUGCAUUGUUUGAAGAGCUUGACGUUGGAGAUUAUGAACGAACAAGGGAGGUAUACAAAGCCGCAAUUGCAAUCAUACCACACAAACAAUUCACGUUUGCCAAACUAUGGCUCAAUUAUGCAAAUUUCGAGAUCAGAAGGUUACAGUUGCAACAAGCACGGAAAAUUUUAGGUGCUGCGAUCGGAAUGUGUGCAAAAGAACGCAUCUUUACCGGAUACGUUGAUCUGGAAUUGAGUUUGAAAGAGUUUGAUCGAGCACGCAAGUUAUACGAACGUGCACUUGAAUGGAACCCAAGCAAUUCCAAAAUGUGGAUCCGAUUCGCAGAGUUGGAGAGGAAUCUGUUCGAUAAUGAUCGUGCUCGAGCGAUCUUUGAGCUUGCCAUCCGUCAAAGCAACGAUGAAAUGGGUGGCUUGGAUAUGCCGGAGAUUGUUUGGAAAGCGUUUAUCGAUUUUGAGUUUGACAUGCGCGAAUGGGCUCACGUACAAGAACUUUAUGAACGUUUAACACAAAAGACUGGUCAUGUGAAAGUAUGGAUCAGCUAUGCGCAAAGUUGGAUGGCAGCUGCGAUUGCAGAAGAGGAGGAUGAAGAUGAAGUGGACGAAGAUGAAGACGAGGAUGAGGAAGAGCCGACUGAGAAGGAACCCAGGGUAUUAUCUGCAGACGAAUUGCAAGCAAGGCAAGAUCGCCGAGCGCGUGCAGUGGUGAAGACGAGAGAGACGUUUGAGCGUGCUUAUGAUGAUUUGAAGUUAAGAAAAUUAAAAGAAGAUCGAGUGGUGCUACUCGAAGCCUGGAAAACGUUUGAACAAGAGCAUGGAACAGACGAACCUGACCGAUUGCGACAAGUGGAAGCACGGAUGCCAAGAGUUGUCAAGAAACGCCGAGAAGCGCAAGAUGGCGAAGGCAUGGAGGAAUACUACGAUAUGCUGUUCCCUGAUGAUGAAGAGGCACAGGCAAAACCAUCCUUUGCUCUGUUACAGGCAGCCCAUGCAUGGCGAGCAAAGAUGCAGCAGCAGCAAGAAGCAGCAAAUGAGCAAUCAGCAGAGCCGGAGCAACCUGCAAACGAUGAUGAGUCUGAUCAUGCCUCCGUUGAACCGAACGAUGAGCAAAUGCAGAUCAGUGAUGAGGAAGACUGA